AUGAGGAAAGGGGAUGAACUCCUAGAGUGUGUGACGGUCUGGGAGCAAAGAUACAGCGCUUUGGAGGAGACGAUGGAAGCUGCAGAGCGGCAACACAAGCAGCAGCUGGACGAGAAAGUGGCAUGGUAUGAGGCACAGACAGGAAAGCUCUCAGACCAGAAGAACCAGGAGAGGGAGACCAUAAACCUGCUGAUGAGCAAAGAGGAAGAACUCAUUCAGUUCGUGAAAGUCUUGUUGGGUAAAAACAGUGCUCUGAAGGAGAAGAUGGAAGCUGCAGAGCAUCAACACAAGCAGCAGAUGGACACCAUGGUGGCACACCAGCAGGAGCUCUCAGACCAGAGCAACCAGGCCAACCUGGAGACAUUAAACCUGCUGCACAGAAGAGAGAAAGAACUCCUUCAGUGCGAGGAAAAGUUCACCAAGAACCUGGCCGAGAAACACCAAACCUGGGAGAGCGAGAAACAACAGAUGGAGACAAAAUUUAAAGAGGUGUCUCAGGAGAAGAACGACCUGGCCAAGGAAAACUUGAGCUGGGAGACUGAGUUUAAACAGGUGGAGAUUAAUCUAAAAAAGGUGGAGAAGCAGAAAAAUCACCUUGCCAAGAAAAACAAAAGCUGGGAGACGGAUGUCAAACAGCUGAAAGAGCAGAAAGAAAUGUUCUCCAAAGAUCUGGCCCAGAACUCAGAGACCUGGGAAACCAAGGUUACUUUGGUGGACACCAAAUUAAAAGAGGUGACUCAGGAGAAGGACGACCUGGCACAGCAACACCAGAGCAGCGAGAAGGAACUGAAAAAGGUUCAGGCUGAACUACAAAUGGUCGAGGAUGAGAAAAAGGAAUCAGACAAGAAAAACCUGAGCCUGGAGAAGGAAGUGAAACUGAAGGACAGGAAAGUCAAGCAGUUGGAGAACGAUUUGGAGGAACAGAAGGAAAAGUUAACCAGAGACCUGGCUGAGAAACACCAUACCUGGGAGCUGUUUGUCAAACGGAAUGAGAGGCAUGUCAAGCAGCUGAAGAACCAAUUGGAAGAGCAGAAGGAGAUGUUCUCCAAAGAUCUGGCCCAGAACCAAGACAGCUGGGAAACCAAGGUUAAUUUGGUGGAGACCAAAUUAAAAGAGGUGACUCAGGAGAAGGACGACCUGGCCCAGCAACACCAGAACCGGGAGACUGAACUGAAAGAGGUUCAGGCCGAAUUCAAAACGGUCGAAGAUAAGAAGAACCAGAGCUGGGAGAGGGAAGUCAAACUGAUGGAGACAAAAGUCAAACAGUUUGAGGAGCAGAUGAAGGAGCAGAAGGGAAAGUUCUCCAAAGACAUGGCCCAGAAACAGCAAAGCUGGGAGACGAAGGAGAAGAAGAUGGAGGAGGAGAAGAAACUUCUGGAAGACCUCUCUCUUCACAUGAAGAACAAGAGGAGAGGUUUGUUCUCCCGCAGGAGGGACAUGGAGGACAGAGACGUCACCUUGCAGAAAAUGCUAAGCAAGAUGCAAGAGAAGGAGAUGAAGAAGGAAUCAAGUUGGGGGGGAGCUGAGGCGAGUAACACCUCAGAGGAGACGGUGAAGACGGAGGACGCUUCUGGUGAUUCAGCUCCGGCUGGACAACAGUAA